AUGGAUGAGAAGUUUCACGGAGCGUUUAUCCGCGAUAUAAUUCAGAUACCUUCAAUCUUAAAGGGGCUCGAGUAUUUGCAUGCGUCAGCAAUCGGCUAUCAUGGUUCGUUAACGCCAUGGGCAUGCCUGAUCGACCGGAACUGGAUGCUGAAGUUGACUGAUUUCGGAAUCGCAGAAUCAAUCGAAAUAUGGGAAAAGUUGCAAAUCAUUUCUGGCGAGACGGUCGAGGAUGAUGACAAAUGCAGUGGAGCGAAACAAAAAACGAGUGAGGUGUUUCGUCAAUUCCUUACUGAAAAUACAACUUUUUUUGCAUUCGCCUCUCUUGAAGAUGACUGA